GGCCCAUAGUCUCUUGAGUAAAUAAAAAGGAAGACGCGGCCCAUAGUAAUGGCCCUUCAUACAUCCAACGGCUGGCUCGUGUUCUGUGCAUCCACAUAGCUUCCAAUCCAAAGGUAGAUAGAAGUGCUUUCUUCUACAAAAGAAAAAAAAAAAAAAAUUGAAACAAAGAGGGGAAGAUUCUGAUUAGAUUCGGGUUCCUCUUUUUUUCCUUUCGUAGCCUCCCCGGCGGCGAACGAAUUGAUCCCUCCCUCCGUCCCCGCCAAUUGUUUUCCGCUUUCGGCCGCCACCAAUAUGUCUCUGCAGCUCCAGAAUCAAUUGCUAGAGUUGGAAGCUCCCACUGGUGUAUCUCAGGAAGCUGAAGCAGCUGCCGAGACAGGUUCAAUUUAUGCUCUCUGCGAUAAUAACUUCUUCUGUCGGUUGUGGAGAUAUCAGAUUGCUGGCAGUCCAUCGACUGAAGACUGUGACCAAAUCAGGCAAAUUGAAGAACUGCACGAAUACCUUGACAUGGUAGAAGAGAUGGUGAGACCAGGUUGCCCACAGGAGAUGUUGAAAGUGGCUUUAGAUUCCAUAUCCUCACUUUCAAAAACCCUAGCACUCAUGUCUUCUUCCUCUGCCCAUGGUAAACUACUACUUGCCUCCCUCUAAAGUACAUUUUGUUGUAGCUUGAACCCAGGAUCAGCUUUGCGUUGAUCCGAAAUGCCUGAAAAGGGAUUGGAGCCAUGUUCGAGCUUCGGCAAACUGUUUCUGUGUAGUCUUACCAUUGUACAUUGUCGUGUAGAAGUAUACAUGUUGUAAGCUGCUAUUUUGUUGUCUGUAAUGUGUGCUCAGUAGUCAUGCUUGUCCUUAAUAAAGUCGUUUUAUUUAUUCCAUUACUCCAGACAAUACAAUGGAGCUUUCCAA